UCGGACUGCGUGGGAAUAACGCGCGCCCGCUCUCCUCCCGCUCCCGCUCCCCCAACCCCAACCCUCGUCGGCGGCGGCGGCGCGGCCAAAGCAUCGGCUUAAGCUCCUCCGGUGAAGGUCACACAAAUCUGCUACUGGAGAGAACAAUGGAGUCGGCAGAGGUGGCGGCUUCUUCCGCCGCCUCGGGGCCUACCCCGGAGAUGGAGAGGUUCCUGUGCGAUCUGCUGCUGGACACGACGCAGCCCAUCGCCGAGCGCUUCCGCGCUCUCUUCUCCCUCCGCAACCUCCAUGGCGAUGGCCCCCGGUGCGCCCUCCUUCAAGCUGCAAGGGAUUCUUCUAACUUGCUUGCCCAUGAGGCUGCAUUUGCGCUUGGACAAAUGCAAGAUGCUCAGGCUAUCCCUGCAUUAGAGGCAGUUCUCAAAGAUCUUUCUCUUCAUCCAAUUGUCCGCCAUGAGGCUGCGGAAGCCCUUGGUGCUAUUGGCCUGGUGAAGAGUAUUCCCCUGCUGGAGGAGAGCUUAGCUGCUGAUCCUGCUGUGGAGGUUCAAGAAACAUGUGAACUGGCUCUUAGGCGGAUAGAACAACAAAAGAAUGCUGAUGGUUCUGAAAGCACAACCAUUUCACCAUUUCUCUCUGUUGAUCCAGCAUUGCCUGCAAAGCAAGGACUUUCAGUACAACAACUAAGGGAGAUUCUUCUCAACGAACAAGAAAGCAUGUAUGAACGUUAUGCAGCUCUUUUUGCACUAAGGAAUGAUAGCGGAGAUGCUGCUGUUUCUGCUAUUGUUGCAGCUCUUGGUGUCAAAAGUGCCCUUCUAAAGCAUGAGGUUGCUUAUGUGUUAGGUCAGCUACAAAAUAAAGUUGCUUCAGACGCACUUUCCACCGUACUGAAGAAUGCUGAUGAGCAUCCAAUGGUCAGGCAUGAAGCUGCUGAGGCCCUUGGUUCAAUUGCAGAUCAAGAAAGCAUUGCACUACUGGAGGAAUUUGCAAAGGACCCUGAGCCAAUAGUCUCCCAAAGCUGUGAAGUCGCACUCAGCAUGCUUGAAUAUGAGAGAUCAGGGAAAUCCUUUGAGUUUUUGUUUCUGCAGACUCCUCGGGUGCAGCAAGAGUCCUAAGCUAGAAUGCUCGAUACAUCUACCCCUAGCUCUAUAUCGCUCUACUGCAAGGCUGACCGACAUAUUAUGUCAUCCAUUUUAUCAAGACUUUUCACUCCUACAUAUGCCCUAUCACUAGUUCCAUUGAGGGUUUUUGCUGUUUUUGCGGCUUGUGUUUUUUAUCUUGCUACUGCCUCCCCUGCUGCUUCUGCUUUUGGCCGUGAGCCCAUAAGAACCAAAAAUAGUAGCUUAGAAUUUACAUGAGAGUUUCUGUUUCAUGGUACCAUGUAAAAUUAUAUAUACAUAGUCAAUGAUGUAUCGAUAAUAGCAACAUUAAAUACUGGAAGACUCCCAUGAGCAUUCAGAACAAAGAAUCAUAGGCUGAUAAGAUCUAGGGCAAGAUUGAUGAUUACCUGGUUAAGCGGAUUGCAUGUAUCGAGCGUGAUUGUAUCCUCGUUCUACAGGAUUGA